CGAAACGACCAACUUGUUACCAGUUGAUGUCGGUCCGCCGAAGCGAACGUGUCGGGGUCUUUCAAAUUUACAAAAAAAAACGUUAAGCGUAAAACGGUAAUAACAAAAAAUAAAGAUAAAUUGAUAAACAAUAAUAUCUAAAAAGGAGGUCAAAAAAAAUAAUUUAUGGUGGUUAAAAUCAAAGAUAGAACUUUCAUUGUUGGGUUAUAAUUAAAAUAGAGGAAGACGUGAACUUAAUUAAGUAUUGUCAAGUGAAUUAAAAAAAAUUAAUAAUAAAUUCAUGUGCCAAUAGUUUUAUUGAAGGAGAGGAAUUAAGAAAAUUAAUCAGAAAAAUGAAGACCCACGACGCGUAUAGAUGAUAAAUUAUACGAAACGACCACCGAACGACUUCUAAAUGUCCAAAUAUAGAAUUCUUUUUCAUAAAUUAGAAGAAAUAGAAAUUAAAUAAUUUAUAAAAUCAACUAAUAAAAAAAUUAAUUAAGAAAAAAAUGAAAAUAAAAGAGAACUUAAUAACGCUAAAAUGCGUUCUAUUUUGUUUCUUUGGCGGAAUAAGCUGCCUAUUUCCAUUUUUAUUAAACCACAUGACCUCGAAAGGAUUAACGAAGGAUAUGUCUUGGAUCAUUUCAACAGUAGCAGCAUGUGUAGCUAUUUUAGGACCUGCUAUUGCCGGUCCUGUGGCUGAUAAAUUCGCCGGAGGAUUUGGUGGAAGCAAAAUCAGUAAAUCUGGAACUUAUUUAAGGGUUAUGAUUGCGAUUUGUAUGAUACUUUCAGCAGUUUUUUAUCCGUUAUUAUUAGCAAUUCCAACAGUUGUAAAAACUCCACCAGAAGUAACUUUUAUUUGCGAUGAACAAGGAGGUGCUAUUAUACAAGAAGGUUGUGGUCCGGAAAAGACUUGUUAUAAUUGGAAUGAGGAAGAAAGAGGAUUGUUAAAAGUUUCAAAGUGCCGGUUUACUUGCGAAUCAGACAUUAAAUUAACUUCUACAACCACUACCAUUAGCCCUGAAGAAUAUACGAGUACUGCAUCUGAAGAAUAUGAUGGUGCCGAUUAUAAUGAUAGUGAUUUAGUCGAAGUUGAACCUAAAGACGAUGACGAAGAUGAAUAUGAAUUUCCAAGAAGAAGCAAUGCUACAAUGGAUGUAAUCCCACUGCCACAUUUAUGUUAUACAAGGGAUAAUGGAGAUGGAAUUUGUGAAGUUUUCUCAAAAUAUUCCAAUCCAAUCGCUUUAAAUGUCAAUUUAAAACCAUCAAAUGGUCAUUACAGCGAUAACGGGACCGAAGAACUUUGUAAAUAUCAUAUCGGAAACAAUUUUCGUUGUCGUAUCCCCGAAAAAAUAACUUCAAAUCUCACCGCAGUUGCACCAGAUUGUCGACCAAUCGUACGAUGUGACCUUUACGAACCUUACAAUAUUUCCCAAGGUGGAAAAUUAGUCGUUUCUGAAUGUGGUUAUUCUAAUAUAAGCUUCUGGUUGUAUCUAAUCACAAGAUCGAUAGCUGAUAUUUUCCCAGCUGCCGUUGUUACAUUACUAGACGCAGCGGUUAUUAUAGCCACAAGGGAAACUUCAACAGGCCGCGGAGAUGUUGGCAAACAAUUUGCAGCUGGCGUCUUAGGUUUUGCGUUAUUCGCCCCUAUUAUAAGCAACGUAGACGUUUGGUCUGAUGGUGGAGUUGAUGUGAUGACAGUUUCAUUAAUAUCCUUCGCGGUUUUAAUGGUUUUGGGGGCGAUCAUUAUUCUCGUCGAUGGUAAAAUGCCGUUAAGUCCACCAGAAUGGUGGUGGCAUACAAGAUGUGGACUUUUAGCUAUGCCAAUGUCGAGCGUUAAAAAAUAUGGAUUAGAAAUUGGUGCUUUAUCUUUAAUAUUGGUUAUGUUGGGAAUCUUUUGGAAUGCUAUUGAUGUUUAUCUCCCUUGGAGGAUUGCUUCUUUAGGAGGACCUCCCGUUAUUGUUGGGUUAUCAAUCACUAUAGGGGCUCUUUUUGCAAUUUUUUUCAUGUUAAUUGCUGAAAGAUUCGUCGAUUAUUGCGGUCAUACAAAUUUGUUAAUUACCGCUUUUGUAUUGUAUAUCAUUCAAUAUACAGGAAUGGCUUUUAUAACGGAAGCCUGGUUCUUGUUAAUAUGCGAAGCUUUAGAAAUAUUCACGUUACAUUUACUAUGGAUCACUGCCGUUUUAUACCUUCGUCACUUAAUACCAAGAAAAUUUACUGUCUCAGGACAAGCACUGCCUGUUAUAGCUCAUUUCUGUUUAGGUCGAGUAAUUGGUGCAUAUAUCGGAGGAUUCGCUCAUUCAGGUGAUAAAUUUCAAUUUAUCGAAUUCCAUCAAUGGAUGGCGGUUGCAGCUGCAAUUAUUGCGAUUAUUUACUUUUUCUCCUAUCAUAUGUACCUUAAACCAAAGUGUGCAGCUCCAACGCAACACCCACCUCGACCAACACCAGCUUUAAUUCAAAAUGGAAAUGGAUCUUAUACACCUCUUAGAGUAUACCAUAAUGGAAGAGCGAAGAAAGGUCAAUUUAGAUAUUAAAGAGUGACUUAUGUGAAGGACUUUUUAGCUUUAUUGUUAUCCUUAAUGUAAGAGAAUCGUAAAAAAACGAAUCCAGUGCGAAAA